UCAGUGGCGCUUCCGGCAGUGUCUCGAUUCACCACCAUCAAAUCGCAGCAAUAAAAGAGCCGACUUUGGGAAUUUAAACUUUUAAGGGCCCGACCGAGAUAGCAAUUCCGCCGCAUUCGUUCGUCUCGGCCGCCGAACGAGCCUCCCGCCGAAUAGAGUCUUCUUCUGCCGAAUUGGGCUAAUUAUCGAGAGAAAUGGGCGACGAGUUUCCGAAGGAGUACGACGUCAUCGUCGUCGGCACAGGAAUGACCGAGUCGAUUUUGGCCGCGGCCGCGAGCCGCGUCGGCAAGAGGGUGUUGCACCUGGACAGCAACGAGUACUAUGGCGGCCUGUGGGCCUCGUUCAACUUCGACGGCCUCCAGCAGUGGGUCAACGACUGCCAGAAGCCCAAGGACGAGACCGAGUGCGCGGCCAGUCCGCAGCUGGACGCCGGCGAGACCGCCGUCCGCAUGAGGGUGCUCAACCCGCCCACGGCCACCAACGUCAAGGAGCAGUGGCACGUCCCUGAGCAUGUUGAGAGUUCCGGCGAGGAGGGGAAGAAGGCGUGGAGCCAGGAGGAGGUGAAGAAGCUGUACAGGAAGUUCAACAUCGACCUGGCGCCGAAGCUGCUGUACUCGCGAGGGGCGCUCGUCGAGCUCUUGAUCUCGUCCAACAUCGCGCGCUACACCGAGUUCCGCAACGUGAGCCGCGUGGUGACCUGGCACGACGGCAAACUGACCCCGGUGCCAUGCUCGCGCGCCGACGUCUUCUCCACGCAGAACAUCUCGGUCGUCGAGAAGCGCAUGCUGAUGAACCUGCUGCAGGAGUGCACCGAGUACGAGAGCAACCCGGACAAACUCAAAGGCAAUGAAACGCAGACCUUCUUGGACUUCCUCAAGGGCAAGAACUUGACUGACAACCUGAUGCACUACGUGUUGUACGCAAUCGCGAUGGCCACCGAGGACACGCCCUGCAUCGAGGGCAUGGCCCGCACCCAGAAGUUUCUGCUCAGCCUCGGCCGCUACGGAAACACGCCUUUCUUGUGGCCCAUGUACGGCAGUGGCGAAAUUCCUCAGGCCUUUUGCAGGUUGUGUGCUGUGUUUGGGGGGCUUUAUCACCUGAAGCGAGGGGCCGAGGCGCUGGUCGUUGGGUCUGACAAUGUGCUGCGGGCGAUCCACUCGGACGGAGAGAAUCUGAAGACCAAUUAUCUUGUGAUGGGGCUCGAUUACGCCCCGAACUCGUUUCUGCCUGAAAAUUCCCCUGGAAUGUCCAGAGCAGUCUUUGUGAUUGACGGCUCCAUUUUGCCGGCCGAAAAAGAGCACCUGACCCUUCUCGAGUUUCCCCCUUCGGAGGAAAACUCGGAUCCUGUGACGAUUAUCGAGGUUGGAUCUCUGACGCACGCUUGUCCCUCAGGACUUUACAUGGUUCACAUGACGACCAAGCAGAAAGGAAGUGCCGAGGAAGAUCUGAUGCCGGUGGCCAAAAAGCUGCUCAACUUCCCCGGGGACGGCUGCGAGUCAAAGCCGAAUCUCGUCUGGUCCAUGUUUUUCAACAUGAACGACACCUCCACCUGUGAUCUUGGUGCCAACACACCGUCGAACUUGUUCCUCACCUCGGGCCCUGAUCUAGAUCUUGACUUUGAUUUUGCCAUCAAGCAGGCUAAGGAGAUCUUUUGCAAGAUGUACCCCGAAGAUGAGUUUUUGCCGAGGGCGCCGGACCCAGAGGAAAUCAUCCUGGACGACGACGAGGAGCCCAAGAAGGAGGAGAAAGCUGUCGAGGAACAGCCCCAAGAGUAAAGCAAGUGAUGAGAGAGCACACGCUUUGGCUUUUUAUGCAUUCCUUCGACACUCCUUAAUUUAUUAGAUUUUGAUCCACAAAGGGCGCGUGGCUCUUUCUUUUUACCCUGUUAUCGUAACAUUGUCAACUGAUGCACUUAAUAUUAUUCUGGUCAUGCCUACUUUUGGUAUAUUUUUGUAUAAAUACUUUCGUUUGUUCGAUUCGGUGCUAAUGUUCGAUUCGAUUCUGUAGAGCAGCAACCCUUUCUCGAAGUGCAGUGUGGCGCAGCCACGAUUUGUGAGAUUUACGCUUUGAUGCUCAAUUAUCAUGAAAAAAAUUAACGCAUUCAUAAGCUUGGGCGGAGUUAAUAUGUGCAACCCCUAGAACUGAAUUGGAAAAGCUGCAUUUUUGCAAAAACCAUGUCAAGUAACGAGUAUUCUGCUUAUUGUGAUCUAUAUAUGCUUAUAGUAGCUGACUUCAUUAUUUGUCACAAGAACAACAAGAUUUGUGUAAUCACCAAAUAAACUUUCAGCACCUACCAAACUGUGUAUUUUGUUUUC